AUGAAUUUUUGGGAGCUGGAGAUAGCCGAUGAAAUUCCCAGCAUUUUAAAAAAUCGUGAACUCCAUGGGACCACUGACAUCUAUUAUAUAGGAAUAGUUGGAUAUCCAGGAAUUGGCAAAGUAAUUUCUAAAUAGACAGUUUCAGCUGAUUUUCUCAAAAAAGAAAUCAACUCACGUCUAGAAAAUCUUUAUCCUUCUCCUUAUGUUUUCACAGAGUUUUGCAAGGUAAUCCCAAUGGAUGGAUUUCAUCUCUACAAAUACGAGCUUGACGAUAUGCCAAAUCCUAAAGAAAUGCAUUUUCGAAGAGGGGCGCAUUUUACAUUUGACCCUCAAAAUCUCUAUUAUUAUAAGCUAGCUAUUUUACAUAUUUUUGCGGCGAUUAAAGCUCUGGAAUUAAUUAAGCUAAUUAUGAAAAUAAGGAAAAAUGGCUAAUUCACCAUACAAACUUUCCCAUUUAAAACUAGGAAACCACCCUAUAAACUUCCCUUCAUUUUCACAUACACUUGACGAUCCUCAAGAAGAUACUAUAUAGUACCCCCCCCCUCGUUUGUCGCAUUUUCUAGUUUUUUUUUAAGGGAAAAAAAAAUUUACAGGACCUCGUUUGUCGCAUUUUCUAGUGCAAAUACACAUUGUCGCAAUUUCUAGUUUUUUUAAUUUUUUUUUGAUGUCGCAAAUCUUAGUUUUUUUAAAAAAUAGUUUCUGAUUAAUUUAAUUGAGUAAUUAUAGAGGAGUUUACCUUACAUUUGCCUGCAGAGGGUUAGCAGGCCCGAGUCCUUCCAAGUCCUUCCCAGUCCUUCCCAGUCCUUCCCAGUCCUUCCCAGUCCUUCCCAGUCCUUCCCAGUCCUUCCCAGUCCUUCCCAGUCCUUCCAGUCCUUCCCAGUCCUUCCCAGUCCUUCCCAGUCCUUCCCAGUCCUUCCCAGUCCUUCCCAGUCCUUCCCAGUCCUUCCCAGUCCUUCCCAGUCCUUCCCAGUCCUUCCCAGUCCUUCCCAGUCCUUCCCAGUCCUUCCCAGUCCUUCCCAGUCCUUCCCAGUCCCUUCCCAGUCCUUCCCAGUCCUUCCCAGUCCUUCCCAGUCCUUCCCAGUCCUUCCCAGUCCUUCCCAGUCCUUCCCAGUCCUUCCCAGUCCUUCCCAGUCCUUCCCAGUCCUUCCCAGUCCUUCCCAGUCCUUCCCAGUCCUUCCCACUUUUACUCUCCCCUUUUUAGAGAAUAGAUUAAAUUAGCUAGCUUAUUAACCCCAUUCUCCUUGCGCUUCAAUGACCUGCCUUGCUCUUUCAUUUUUCACCUUAAGAAUGGAAUUUUGCACUUCCUCAAAAGAAAUUUCGUCCCAUGACUCCUGAAUGGCAGCAAUUAGUCUGGCUUUGCUGUCAGGCCUUCUUUUUUUCUCCACUUUCCUCUUCAAAUUGGCCCAGAUCAUCUCAAUUGGAUUGAGAUCUGGGCUCUUCGGCGAUUGAGUCUUCACAUCAAUCCCGUUUUCUCUGCAAUAUUCCAUAGUUUGCCUUGCAGUAUGGGCUGUUGCCCCAUCCUGAACGAAGGUGUAGUCUCCAUCUAAAGGCUCAAUAUAGCCCUGGAGAAUGUCUCUGAUAUAGGCCUGGGCAUUGAUUGCAUACUUCUCCUUCUUUAUGAAGAGCAUUUUGCCAAAAACGAUAGAAAUUCCUCCCCAGAUCAUAAUUGAGGUUUUUCAAUUGAUAGGCUCUUCAAUCGUUGCGUUUAUCCCUUCUUUGCACCACGACAAAUUAGAGUUACGAAAGAGAUGCACAUAGCACUCAUCACUGAAGAUCCAUGAAGCGAUAUCUGAGUCAAUCAAAGACCUAGCCCAGGACAUUCUCUGCUCUUUAUGAGCUUCAGUUAGCUGUAGAACAACCCUCUUCUUCCUAUAGACAUAUCCCCUCUUCUUCAGCUCUUUUCCUAGCUGUUCUUCGCUGAAGUCAACUGUCUUUCUUUUGAAUUGGGCCCUCAAACUUGCCUUGCUGACAAAGCCUGUAUCCUUCUCACAUUCCUUAAUGACCUCAGCAAAGUCUUCAUCACUUCAAUGCUUUAGGGGAGAUCUGGAUAGUGCCUCUUCUCUUCCAGCCGCUUCGUCAGAUUCACUCUCAGUAUUCUCUGCAGCAAUUCGCUCAAUAGUCCGUUUAGAAGUCCCCAAGAUUGUCGCAAGUUCUUCGUUUUUAAAGAAACCUACGUCAAUGAUCCUCUUGACUAUGCUCUCUCCAUCAUUCCAUUUUCUUAGGAGGAGGCGAUAGUCCAUGGUCCACAAGCUUCCGCCUGAGCUCUAAAGUGUGCUCUUCAGGAUUGAACUUGUUGGUGUAGUGCCUGAUCGUCGUCAGGCUCAUGUCCUUGCCACAAGCAGCAAGACGCUCUUGGAUCUGCUUUGCAUUGAGCCUCUCUCCAUAGGCCAUGCUUUGAAUCAUUGCCGGGAUUUUUAUCGGCUGGUCCUCAAUUUCGCGCAACUCCAUUAAUUAAUAUGGAAGACUAGAAAUUAAGCUAUCAAAUAAGGAAAUAGGCAUGAAGAUAGGGGAAUAAGAAUGGUGAAUGGCAAGUGGUGAGGCUUAAGCAAUGGAGCAGAUAAUGGGAAGCAAGCUGUGGGGAUUGAGGAAUGGGAGCAAGGAUUUUGAAGGAAGAAAUGAUGAAAUUUCACUAACUGAUCCCUUGACGAAUUUUAAUUUUUAGGAAUUUAUAUAGAGAGAAAAAAAACCUAGAAAAAUGCGACAAGCGAGGUCCUGAACCGAUUUUUUUUUGGCUUAAAAAAAAACUAGAAAAUGCGACAAAUGAAGUCCUGAAAUUUUUUUUUUCUCUUAUAAAAAAAAAACUAGAAAAUGCGACAAACGAGGGGGGGGGUACUAUACAAGUUGAUCCAAAUAUUGUGAAAGUUGUAAUUAUUGAAGGACUGUAUUUAUACUGUGAGCUGCCUAUUUGAAAAGAAAUAAGGGAAAUUAUUGAUUAUAAAAUUUAUAUAGAUGGGAAUUUAGAUGAGGCAAUGGAUAGAGUUGUGCAAAGAAAUGCAAGAUGUUUAAAUAUGAGCCUUGAAGAAACGGCGUAUAAGGUACAGCAUAAUGAUAGGCUGAAUGCAGGGGUUGUGGAAGAAUCAAGGAGAUAUGCAGAUAAAGUUUUUAGGUAUCAGGAAAAACCAAGAGAAAUUUUGAGGCUAUAUGAAUAA